AUGAUUGGCCGGUUCGCGCUGGCAUCCUCGGAAAAGGUCGCGGACAGCUUGUUGGGUGCCUUGGUCGGGAAGGCCGUCGAGGUAGCUGUGCAACAGUUCUGUGAGCAGCGUGGAGUUGAAGAUGACCGCAAGCAGCUGCAGGAUUCUCUCGAUCACGCCAGGUUGAUCUUAGGCACCAUCGAAAACGUGUGGAUCAAAGAUGAGAUCGAGCAGCAAGGAUAUGAGGCUGGUAAUUUGGCAGACGCAGAAGAUGAUAGAGGUAGUAUACAAUUGCUGUCCUUGGCGAGCCCGCACAUGGGUGGUGACGUGGAUGCCAUUCAUCUGGAAGGUCUGGAUGAGGAAAGCUUAUGGAAAUUUUUCAAGGAAUGUGCAUUUGGUUCUUCAAAUAGUGAAGUUCAUCAUCCUCAUUUAGAAGCCAUGGCGAAGAAGAUGAUGUGCAUGUUAAAGGGAUCACCACUUGCAGCAAAGAUUCUAGGAGGAUUGUUGAGCAUGAAGUUGGAUGAGCAACACUGGAAAAGCAUUUUAGAUAGUGAACUAUGGCAGCUUCCCCAAGAAGAAAAUGGGAUUAUAUUUUCAGAAUCUGAGUUGAUCGGUCUUUGGAUGGCAGAAGGAUUCAUAGAGCCUCAAGAAAGUAUCAGAAUGGAGGAGCUAGCAAGCAACUACUUUCAUGAGUUAGUUAACAGGAUUGAAAAGGACAAGUCUUGUGAAAUUCCUACUACAAUUCAUCAUCUUUCGAUGCACGAAGAAGGAUGA